AUGGAUGUCCCUGAGCCCGAUCAGUCGCCCUUCACAGCCGUGUCCGCGCACACCUCUAAACUGACUCGACACUAUCAAGCCUACCUCGAUGCCUCGACCCCGUACACAACCUACCGCUGGGUUGGUUCCGGCGUGCUUCUCUUCAUCUUCUUCCUGCGCAUUUUCCUCGCGCAGGGCUGGUAUAUCGUCGCCUAUACACUCGGCAUUUAUCUCCUGAACCUCUUCCUCGCUUUCCUGACUCCCAAAUUCGACCCCUCUCUUACCCAAGACGAGGGCCUCGAGGACGGUGACGCCGGAUCCCCCAGCCUCCCUACCAAGAAGGACGAGGAGUUCCGGCCAUUCAUCCGCCGUCUGCCGGAGUUCAAGUUCUGGCACUCGGCCACUCGCGCCAUUGCCAUUGCCUUUGUUUGCUCUUGGCUCGCCGUCUUCGAUAUCCCCGUCUUCUGGCCGGUGCUGGUUGUUUACUGGAUAAUUCUGUUUGUGUUGACGAUGCGACGACAAAUCCAGCACAUGAUUAAGUACCGCUACGUGCCUUUCUCUUUCGGAAAGACACGUCUCCGACUCACAUCGCACUCGAGUGGACAUCAUAUCUCAACCAUGGACAUGGACAUGAACAUGCCAGCCGUGUUCUCAGCCUCUAUUGAAAUCACAAUCCUCUUCACAGGCUGGACAACCUCAACGACGACGCAAUACGUCUUCACGCUGACCUUUCUAUUCCUCCUCGCCAUCUUCAACCGCUUCCUCGGCGCUCUCAAAUUCCAACUAGAGAGAUCCUGGUCCCAGCAUACCUCCCCUCCAACCCUGCAUCUCGCUCCAGUAAAUCCACGACAAAACAUCCGGAAAGCAAAGCUCAGUCCUCUUCCAGACUACAUGCGCAUACAUGGGGACGAGGACGAGGAAGAGACUUUGCCAGUUUCAAAUAACAAUGAAACACGAAGCACGACAAUGAGACCUCUCAAAAGGGAUGGUCCUCGGAAGAGGAUGUCAUUGACAUGCAUGCUCCCGUCGUGGAAGGCCAGUGGAACGUGGAGUCUUCGGAAAGACGGGACACGUGCGUUGCUUGAAUGUGUUAGGGCUUUGAUUGGAUAUUUCUUGAUGCUGUCCGUGAUGACCUUCAACGUCGGCGUCUUCGUCGUUGUGCUUUUCGGCGUCCUGGUGGGCGAACUGCUUCUUGGGAGAUUUUCUCAGGGAACUGCCGGCUGGCAGGAAGGGACUUGUCAUGGUGGAUGA